CUACCCAAAAUUACAAGGGAAAGAGAGAAAUUAUGGUUGUUGCUUCAUCCCUCUCCCAACGACGACGAGGUGCGAAACUGAAUUUGGAAAGAGUAAAGUUUGGAUGUUUUUGAUGGGGCGAUGCUGCCUAUCUGGUCUGAAUUCCUCUUCUCUCCAUAGUACUUACUAUUUUUUUUUUAAUUUUAUUCCAUGCCAAACCCUUGUUUCUUUCAAUUGGGUUGAAGUCUUUUCCUUGCCAAUUAUUUGUUAAUUUCCCCAAUUCAGAGAAUUAGGUAUCUUCCCAUCAUGAUUAUGAUGUAAAUUAAGUUCCUUUUUAGUUAAAUUAGAGAAUAAAGUCUGUUCAAUGGAGUCCUUGUACUAUAUGUAUUCUUAAUCCUUGUGCUAUUUGGAUUCCUUGCGUCCUUAUUUAAUAUCCUAACUAAGUAUCUUUUUUGUUGAGUAAAAAAUAAUGGAUGAUAGACUAAGUGAGGAUUUAGCAGUUGAAAUUCUGUGUAGACUUCCGGUGAAGAGUUUGAUGCAAUGUAAGAGGGUUUCAAAAGGCUGGUACAACCUCAUCUCGAAUGUUUGUGUCCCCAACAUUUCUCGCAUUUCAUCCACUACCCCUUCUGGUUUUUUGUUCACUUUUGCACGCAAAAAAAUUUCCAGUUAUCAUAACGCCUAUGUUUCUUAUCCACAAGGUCGUUAUUGUGAUAACAAUUGUUCAGGUUUUCUCAGAUCUUGUACUGUACUCUUACCACACAGAGCCUAUCAACUGCAGGAUGCUUGCAACGGCUUGCUUUUAUUUUUUUCAGCAGAUGGUCGCCAUUACGUCUGCAACCCAACUACCAAGCAGUGCAUUGCUGUUCCUUAUGUCCGACGCAAAUAUAAAUCUUAUGUUGCUUCGCUUGUUUUUGAAAAUUUCAUGUCACCACACUACAAAAUUAUCCGGUUUCCUGAUAUAAAGUUCGGUUGUAGCUUUGUAAAGCUUGAUGUAUUCUCUUCAGCUACUGGAAACUGGGUGAAGCAAAAGUUACGCAUUGAACAAUCGGUUUUUAGUUCUGUUAAGUUUAUUGAGCGCACUCUUUAUUUGAAUGGAAAGCUAUACAGGCAAUCUAUGUCAGAGUAUCUCCUUUGUUUUGACUUGGACAAUCUUAUUGCUAAGGCCAUUCAGCUGCCUGUUGCUAAUUCUAUAGACAAGUUUGGCUUUAUUGGCCUUUCCAAAGGGCAAUUAUAUUAUGCCAAUCAUGAUUCUUCCAAAUCCAAGUUUUGUUUUUGGAUUCUUGAGGACUGUUUUUGGAGAUUGAAGCAUUGUCUUUCAAUUAGUCAUUUGAUGUCUUUAUGUCCCCAAGUUAGAGAACUGUGCAAGGAUGGCAUCUCUACAAAUUUUAUGCCCUAUGCUAUUCAUCCAAGUGCUGAUAUUGUUUUUCUUGGAUUCCCUACUAUGCUCCUCAGUUAUAAUCUUCAAGAUGGAAAAUUGGAAGUCAUCUUUAAAAUGGUCAAAGGCAGAUUAAUAUGCGGAGGCAAAUAUUCGGUCUUCCUUUACUCUCCCAGCUUUAUUGUUCUCAACGACUUCACCAAUCACCCUCCUCGAUCUUCAUUGAUUUAGGUCAGUCACUUGUGGUAGCAGGUUUUAUCACUUGCUAUGAAGCUGAAGACGCACUGCCUAGAGGAACUUGAAAUGAAGUAGAGUACUCUUGCAGUUUAGAUGCUUGCAGAUUUAUGACUGAUAAUGACGGGUGGGGUACUAUUGGAUCGACAGACGUACAAGGUGAUAACUGCUGCAGUAAGAGCUCUGAUAUGAUAUCCAUACUUGUAUAAUAAGGCAUCCUCUGUAGAGGUGGCAAUUGGGUGGGUUUGGGUGGGUAUGGGUGAGGUUUAAAUGGGUAGGAUCAUAAACGGGUAAUCUACCCAUUUAUGACCCGUUUUAAAUUUAUAUGGGUACCCAUACCCUUAUAACCCUCAAACCCUGAAUUUUUACCCUUUUACCUAUCUAACCUCCGAACUUAACGUCUCACCUAUUGAACCCCUGAACUUGUUAAAUAACUCGAUUUGACCCCCGAACUUGAUAAAUACGUAAACAUUUAACCCCUCCGUACACAAUUUCUUCUAGAACGUUUCAAGUGACAGGUGGACACGAAGGGUUUAAUACUUACAUAUUUAUCAAGUUCAGGGGUUAAAUCGGAUUAUUUAACAACUUCAGAGGUUCGAUAGGUGAGACGUUAAAUUUAGGGGUUAGAUGGGUAAAAGGGUACAAGUUCAGGGGUCAAACUAUGUAUUAAGCCUAACCCUCUAUGACCCUUACCCACCCAUUAACCCACUUUAUAUGUAUAAUAAUAAAAAUUGACUUUUUGAAAUUUAAAUUAUAUUAUAUUUUAAUUUUACAUUUUAUGAGAAUUAAUAAAUUUUAAAAAGAAAUUUUUAGAGACAA